GGUCCCUUCCUGGGAGACAUUGCAGGACCAUUUCUGCCCGUAAUGAUAAUAAUAUUACACCUGCAAUUGGGCAUCCGCCCGGUGGCAAGGAGUUCCCACCCCUUAACUACCCUCACUCCUUCCCCUUCUGGAGCCUCCUUCGUAAGUCCUUCCCUCCUCCCACAUCCAGUGUCCUCCCCUCAAGCUCGUUCCACUCUCGCCCGGUCUUCACAAGGAAUACCUGUCUUCCCCUCUCUGUCCGUCUCCAUUCCCUCUGAAUCUUCCACUCAUGAUCCCUCCUUCCUCUGUUCAACCUAGCUCCCAGCUUUCCCCAGCUUUCGUGACAUCACCGCUACGUUCUCUCGACAAUGAUGUCAUUAUUAUCUGGUACAACGUGACGUCAGCUCAGGAUGUUGAGUAAACUAGCUGUGGCCAAGUUAUCAUCCCAGUGUGGCAGUUUCAGCGGAACCAGAGCCAAUGGGGUGCGUGGAGAUUGUCGCCACUCUCGGCUCCAUACUGCUGCUGAUCAUGACGUUUCCGUUCUCGCUCUGUGUCUGCUUCAAGGUGGUGCAAGAGUACGAAAGGGCCGUGAUAUUCCGCCUGGGACGCCUGCGCAAGGGCGGGGCUCGUGGCCCGGGCAUAUUCUUCGUGCUGCCGUGCAUCGACACGUACUGCAAGGUGGACCUCCGCACCGUCUCCUUCGACGUGCCGCCUCAAGAGGUGCUCACCAAGGACUCGGUCACUGUGACCGUGGACGCCGUAGUCUACUACAGAGUCAGUGAGCCAUUAGGUGCCGUUGUCAAGGUCAAUAACUACAGCCACUCCACUCGUCUUUUGGCAGCAACGACUUUGCGCAAUGUUCUUGGGACACGUAACCUUUCUGAAAUACUGUCGGAACGAGAAGCUAUCUCCCACACAAUGCAGUCUUCCUUGGACGAAGCUACGGAUCCGUGGGGCGUCAAGGUGGAGAGAGUUGAAAUCAAGGACGUCCGCCUGCCGGUCCAGCUGCAGAGAGCGAUGGCGGCGGAGGCGGAGGCUGCCCGCGAGGCCCGGGCCAAGGUCAUAGCGGCCGAGGGCGAGAUGAAGGCCUCCAGGGCGCUCAAGGAGGCGUCUGACGUCAUGGCCGAGAGUCCGGCUGCCCUGCAGCUCCGUUACUUGCAAACUCUGAACACCAUCUCCGCAGAGAAGAACUCGACUAUCAUCUUCCCCUUGCCGAUGGACAUCCUCACUCCGUUCAUGAAGCGCCCCUAGAGCCGUGGGCGGCUGGGACGCGAUGGUCGUCACAGGAAGGAGAUGCCUCGUCGUCUCGCGGUGGACGUAUUGAUUUCUCGCUGUAGUCCACACCGCAGACAUGGGAAUUGUAUGUUUGAUGUUGCAACUGUCGCUUCUGCUCAGGCGACGGUGUCUUGAUGUUGAGUAAAGACCUUGCACUUUGCCGUUUCACUUAUGGACGUAAACUUGAAGGAAAUAUAAUGUUGGAUGUAAAUGUUGGUGUUUGUCAUGUUCCUUGAGAAUAUGGUUGUGGUUUUUAUCAUCUUUUGACAUUUCUGGAUAGUAUUCUGGAGGUUUUAAGAGUGUUUUAAGAGUUUCAUGGCAAAAUAAAUUUCCAUUAAUAUUUAUGCAUAUUAUCUUUUUUUAUUUUACAAUUUGAUUUUUUUUUACUUUGCAUAUUAUUUUAUUUUAGGUAAUGCAUUUUUUUUUAUUUUUUUUUGCCAUUUUUUGGUAUGCUUCUAAUAUUGCUUUUGUAUUGUAGUAAAAAAUUAUACAUUUAUAAUGAGAUUUUGCAUUAUAAACUUUUUUUAUUUGAUAACUUGCAUUUAUUUGAUUUUUGCUAUUUAAUUUUUCAAAUCCUUUAUGUAGUGAAGCCAUUUUGUAAAGCUUAUUUCUUGUUUUAAUUAAGAGGCCUAUAAUAGGGACAUGAAUGUAAUUUAUAAUUGUUUUGUUCUUAUUAAGUACUAACAACUGAGGUACUGAGGUAUCAAACUUAGUAAUCUCCAGUGAACUCUGCAGUUACUUAAAACAAUUUUAUUAUGUGGUCAUUAUUGUAAACAAUAAGGAAGAAAUUUAAUCUUAAUUCAUGUUUUACAUCUGGUAUAGAUUAUUUAAAAAAUAUAUAUAUUGUGAAGUAGUUGUGAGUGUUUAAAUAAGCAUCAGCCUCUUGUUGUUUGGUACAAUCAUUAGAUAAUCUAGUGCUUGAAACUUUUUUCUUGGAACGUAAGUAGAAUUACAAAUAUAUAGAUAUUUGAUGUAGGUAUUAUCAAUACUCAUAUUGGGCCCUUUUUUACUUGAUGCAAUGAAUAUUAGCUGUGUUUCUCUGCAUUUAUUGAUCAGAGGACGACUUCGUAACUGUUUCUGUAAACAUGAUCCUUGCUAUCUCAGGUAAUCCUUGUUAACUAGAACUGCUAAGACUGUGUUGUAUAUUCCCACAAUCGAUAUGUACCUACAAUUUUCAUCUUGUUAAGCCAAACCAUUGGAAUCUUCAUUCUUUCCAAUAUUGUUAAACAAACGUCCAUUUAGAGUGACAAUUCUUGCCUUGUGUGUUCUGAUUAACAAACCAAGAACACCAACAUUUUAAUGGUACAAUAGAUUUAGUCUCACUGUUAACUAGAAACAUUUUUGUUACAAUGUAAAAUUUGAUGUUUUUGUUUAAUUCUUUAUUGUUCUGGGACAUUUUCAUCAAAUAUUAAUUGUGAUUAUUCUGCCCUAAACUCAAGAUAAUCAUUUUUUAAGAUAUGCUUAAUGUAUCAGCACAAAUAUACUUAAAUUUUAAGCACACUUUCAGUGUUUUGAAGUAAUUUUGUUAUUGCUCAAGCAUGUAGUGUGUGUUAUAUUCAUGUAAAGGCAUAAUGGCAGUGCAAAGGGCAGCCAAAUAUUAAAUUAUUUAAAAAUGUAUUAGUAAUGUAGUUGCUUCAAGUAUAAUAUACUUUUUAUCAUUGUUGAAUGUGUGUGAGGUAAAUUAGAAAAUUUAGAAAAAUAUAUUUUUAUUUAUUAGCUAAGUAAGUCUGAAUCUCAAAUACUGCUGAAUAGUGCAAUGUAUUAAUAUCAUGCAUAGGUACUACAAAAUUUGAGAAGGGCAAUAGAAUGGUGACUAAAAACUUAUGAUAAUCACUAAAGUGUUCCAAUGCCAAAAUACAGAACUUGUAAAAUAUUGUAGCAAAGUGGUUUUGAAUUAUAAUUGUAAGGAGUUAUUUGAAUUUGAAACAAUAAACCCACAACCUGAUACACAAGA